UCCAAGGCCCAGACACCAAUCCUCUCCUGCUGGCCAUCUCCUCCGUGGCCAUGCCCCGGUCUCUGCUCCUGCCAUCCCUGUCCCUUCUGCUGCUGCUGCUGCUUGCACUUGAGCUGUCCAGUGCGUUCAGGGCGUCCCCGCUGCAAGCAUCCUCCGAGGGCACAGCCACCUGCAAGACCCAGGACCUGUGCCUGCUGGGGCCCCGUCCGGUUCCCCCUGCACCGCCAGUCAACGUCAGCCUGUAUUAUGAGUCCCUGUGUGGAGCUUGUCGCUACUUUCUGGUCCGAAAUUUGUACCCGACAUGGCUGCUGGUUAUGGAAAUCAUGAAUAUCACCCUGGUGCCCUACGGGAACGCACAGGAGAGAAAUGUCAGCGGCACGUGGGAGUUCACAUGCCAGCAUGGGGAACUGGAGUGUAAACUGAACAAAAUGGAGGCAUGCCUGCUGGAUAAACUAGAAAAGGAUGCGGCUUUCCUCACCAUCGUCUGUAUAGAGGCGAUGGACGACAUGGAGAAGAACCUGGGACUGUGCCUGAAGCUAUAUGCUCCUGAGGUGUCUCCAGAGAGCAUUAUGGAGUGUGCCAUGGGGGAGCGCGGCACACAGCUCAUGCACGCCAACGCCCAGCUCACGGACGCCCUGCAGCCGCCCCAUCAGUACGUGCCCUGGGUCCUGGUCAAUGAGAAGCCUUUGAAGGACACCAGCCAGCUUCUGAGCUCUGUCUGUCAGCUGUACCAGGGAGUGGAGAAGCCGGACAUCUGCUCCUCCAUGGCCGACCGCCUCAGGAAGGUCUGCUAUAAGUGAAGGCCAUUGUCCAAAGGAAAACAAGAGCCCAGCGGCGGAGCCUCAUCAAAUCUGGAGCCCUCAAGAAGUGCCGCCCCGCCGUGAAAAGACCUGUACACGUCCCACAUAACCCAGACUCAA